GAGGGAGGAGAGGAAGAAGGAGAAGAAUCAAGCGUGGUUUUCAGGCAGCAGACUCAUAACAUUGUUGAAUAUGAAGUGGUGUGUGUAGAGUACAGGGAUGUGUGAAGCAGCAGAGAAUGACCUGUACGCUGUCCUGGGAGCCAGCCCCUCAGACACCAUCCAGCAGCUCAGACACAGAUACCAGCAGCUGGUCUUACAGUAUCAUCCAGAUCGUCUUGGAGGUGUGUGUCCUUCAGAAGCAGAGUCUAGUGUGAGGACUUUUCUUGAAGUUGAUGCAGCCUGGCGGAUCCUCAGUGACCAAGACAGCAGGAGACAGUAUGACCAGCAGAGGAGAGCUCGGGAGCUGAAGCAGGAUUGGCCAGUUGAUUCUACAGUCUUUCUAGAGGACAUGAACUGGGACCAGGAUGAGUGUGUGUAUACAUACUGCUGUCGCUGUGGAGGAGGAUUCAGCGUCUCAGAGGAAGAGGUAGAGCAGGAGACUCACAGAAGGCAAUGGGAUGAUACGGAGGAGGAAACAAAGGAGGGACAGCACAGAGGAGUGGUUAUAUGCUGUGACACCUGUUCCCUUAGUGUGUAUGUCACAUGGCCAUUACAUACAAAGACUCAGAGCUUAAAAUGUCAGGAAUAAUACCUUUAACAGAAACUGUAUCAACAUAUCUUUCAGUGGAGGAUGGUACCAAAUCAUCAACGUGUACUAUGUUGGGAUAGAUUCAUCUCCAUCACAAACUCAUGUUUAGGCCACUUGAAGCAAGGCGGCAAAACAGCUUACUGACUAACAGCACAACAGACUGUGUAUGUAUGUGGAAGCUCCUACUGUGUGUUGACAAUAAGAGCAUGAAGGUGAAUGGUGAAGGUCCAUCAGAUCCAUCAGUUGCUCCAAGUCCAUUUUUUUCUCUAGUGAUGCAUUGAAUGAAGCAUGAACUCCACUGACAGCUGUUUAAAUCACACAAAUAUCUCACUGUUUAUAUGUUCUGAAUGUAUUAAUGGUAUCAUUAUUAAUUGAGCAUGACUUCCAGUCUGCCUAUGAGCUUGCCUUAGAGAUGAAAUUGUUAUUUUUUAUUUAUUUAUUUAGUUAGAAAGACACCUGCUGAGGUGUGAGGCCCAAAUAUAAUUUUCUUCAAGUUUGAAUUAAUUAUCUGGAGUUGUGUCUUUCCUUUUCUUCACCUAAUAACACCAGCCCUGACCAGGUUAUAGACAGUAGCUGCAACCUUGUGUGUGCUGUCAGGCUCUCAGCAGUGCUGUGGGGUGGAGGUUGUCAAGUGGAACAGUGAUAACAUCAUGGGAAUUGUUCUGAAGUAAUGUAAUGUGAUGCUAAAGCAGUAGAAAAUGAUGAUCUAUCCCCUGGAGAGUCUAUCUAUGAG